AUGACUAUACCCCAGGUCAAGCCUUCUACUAUUGAGAAGGCCUUCCCUUAUAUCAACCAUGACCCUGCUACCCUACCGCACUCGGUGGACCCCUUCACCAUCACUACCGGGUCAGGCUUUAUGCCAUACCAGGUAGCCCCUACUACCAUCCCACCCAUCUUCAAGCCUCUUACAGACCUCCUCGAGCGCAUGCCUGUCCUCAAGCUUGACGGCAAACCAGGCCUGCUAGCUACCUAUGAACUCGGAAAAGCAGUCGAGGGCUUUCCCGACUUGACCGACGAGAUUGACAAGGUGCUAACCAAGGAUGGAAAGAGGGAUUUGUUUACUCUCACUGCCAUCUUCCGUGACUACUCCUAUGUUGCCUCGUCAUACAUCUUGGAACCUUGCUGGGAGAAUUGGUGCAAGAACCCCGAGGGAGGAUAUGGUAUAGGCCGAGAGCUUCUUCCUCAUGCUAUCGCUGGUCCCAUGUGGCGUUGCGCAGAAAUCUUGGACCUUCCUCCUUUCUUAUCUUAUGCUGCAUCAUAUGCACUCUUCAACUACACUCUGGUAGACCCCUCCAAGGGCCAUGAAUAUGACAACCUACGCCUGAUCCGAGGAUUUGAAAAUGGUCUCGAUCCAAAGAGUUCCGAGGCCGGGUUUAUCCUAACCCACAUUGACAUGGUCAAAGAGACUGCUCCAAUGAUCGACGGAGCUGUCAAGAUUCUUGACGGUGUUGAAUCCGGAGACCGUGAUACUGUCAAUGACGGUUUCCGGGAAAUCCUUAAAGCCAUGGAAGUCAUCGAAGCAUCUAUGGAAGAGAUGUGGAAGAACUCAAAGCCAUCUGACUAUCUCACAUUCCGUGUUUUUAUCUUUGGAAUCACAUCGCAAUCGAUGUUCCCCAAUGGUGUUGUCUACGAGGGCAUAAACGACAAUCAGCCCAUGUACUUCCGAGGGGAGAGUGGAGCAAACGAUUCUAUCAUUCCGCUACUCGAUCACUUGCUUCAGAUCCCCAUGCCAAACACGCCAUUGACCAAGAUCUUGCACGAGUUCCGCGCCUACCGUCCCCGGCCUCAUCGCGAAUUCCUCGCAUAUGUCGCCAGCACGACCGAAAAGCUCAAUGUUCAAAAAUUUGCAGUCCAGGAUGAGGAAACUGCAAUUCUCUACUUGAAGACUCUUGAUCACGUCCGCAGCUUCCGCUGGCGCCACUGGCUGUUUGCUCGCGAGUAUAUCAUUCGACGGACCUCGCACCCGACUGCCACCGGCGGUAGUCCUAUUGUCACUUGGCUCCCAAACCAGCUCUCUGCAGUCAUGGAUCUCAUGGUCGAGACAUACGACAACCACGUCAGAGACAAGGCAACAUCUAUUCCCGUCGACGGCCCCAUCUCCAACGGAGAGCCCGACUUUAUUGCCACGUAUAAAAAGCAGAUUGUACCCAUGAUGGACCAGGUUCACGAUCAACGCGAGAAAUUGGCCCGUGAGGUAGAGCGGUGGUGCCAGGAGCGAGGUGUUUAG